CCCCGGCCCGGAGGCGGGUUCCAGUGCCCGGGGAGAGGCGGGCGGGCCAUGCCCUGCCCUCCCCGCGCCCCGCUCCUCUGGGACCUGAUCCUGGGCGGCCUGGGCACCGCCGCCUUCCUGGUGGACCUGGGCGCGGACCUGUGGGCCGCCAGCCGGUAUGUGCUCAGCGGCAGCUACGUGUGCGCCGCGCUGGUGCUGGCGCUCGCGGGCCUGGCGUCGGGGACGCUGCAGCUCUUCAGCUGGGUGUGGCUGCGCGCCGACCCCGCCGGCCUGCACGUGUGGCGGCCCCCGCGCGCCGGCCUGGCGCUGCUGCACCUGCUGCAGCUCGGGUACCUGUACAGGUGCCUGCAAGGACUGCGGCAGGGCUUCCUGGUGUGGCGGCAGGAGGUGCCCUCAGAGUUUGACUUGGCCUACGCGGACUUCCUGGCGCUGGACAUCAGCAUGCUGCGGCUCUUUGAGACGUUCCUGGAGACAACGCCGCAGCUCACGCUGGUGCUGGCCAUCAUGCUGAGGAGUGGCCGUGCCGAGAACUUCCAGUGGUUUGGCAUCUGCUCGUCCUUCGUGGGCAUCUCAUGGGCGCUGCUGGACUACCACCGCGCCUUGCGCACCUGCCUGCCUUCUAAGCCCCGCCUGGGACCGGCCGCCUCUGUGAUCUACUUCCUGUGGAACCUGCUGCUGCUGUGGCCCCGAGUCCUGGCUGUGGCCCUCUUUGCGGCUCUCUUCCCCUGCUACGUGGCCCUGCACUUCCUGGGCCUGUGGCUGGUGCUGCUCGGCUGGGUCUGGCUGCAGGGCACGGCCUUCAUGCCCGAUCCCCGCUCCGAGUGGCUGUACCGGGCCACAGUGGCCACCAUCCUCUACUUCUCCUGGUUCAACGUGGCGGACGGCCGCACGCGAGGCCGGGCCACCAUCCAUGGGGCAUUCCUGCUGGGCGACAGCGUACUCCUGGUGCUCACCUGGGGGUCCCAGAGGACCUGGCUGCCCAGUGAGACGCCCCUACAGACGGUGCUGCCGGUGGGCGCGGGCUGCUUCCUGCUGGGCCAGGCCCUGCGGCUGGUCUACUACCGCUGGCUGCAUCCCAGCCUCCACUGGGAGGCCGACCAAGUGGACGGGAGCCUGUGGUCCCGCUCCCUCGAGCCGCAGCCGCUGCCUCAGAACCAGCGCAUGGCCCAGCUGGCUCAGAGCUUCUUCCCCAAGGUCAGGGGGCAGGCUGCCUUCUUGGAGAGCAGAGAGGACAGUGGGGUGCUUUGAGGCAGGGUGAGCUCCUGCCAGGAAGCACAGGACACAGCUCAGACCUGCAGGAGAGAUGAGCUGAUUGAAUGCUGCUAGCAGUGCUGGAGGCCAGCCCUGAGGGUGCCCGCUAACGGCCCUUCAGGCUCGGAGGCCCGAAGGGCUGCAGUGAGGCUGGAGACUGGAGGAAGAGCCUUUCUCACGCCACCGCAUGGCUGGGGUAAAGCACCUCAGGGUUCGGGUUCUCGGCUCCCUGGGAUCAGCGACUUGGUGGUAGAGCAUUUGCCUCGUGUAUGUGAGGCCCUGGGUUCCAUCCCUUGUACCGCAAAGUACAUAACAACCUAGGGGAGGUGCCCGCACACCCUUGUGCUCCUGUCCUGGGCUUAGAAUGUCCCAGGAAUCCAGGAUGUGCUCUGGGAUUCUUUGUCCCCUGCCUCCGUCUUGUCAUGUAGCUUACUGAGAGGACAUCUGCUAGGACAGGACCAUCAUGCAGUGGCCACUUGGCUGCCUCUGGGGCCUUUGCUCGCUGCUUCUGGCUGCUGCCUGCCAGCUCCAGAACCUCAGGGACUGACUCAGCCCGGCCCCCGCUCAGGGAUGCAGCCAAGGCCCUGAUGAACUUGGGUGGCGGGCCAGGACCCAGGCUGCUGUUUCCUGUGCUUGAGGCUGUGCUUUCUACCUCAGUCCAGGUGAGAGGAAGUGGAUCUGUGCCUGUGUGUCUCCGCCAAGUGUUUUUGUUUAACAGUAUUACUAGGUUAUUAUUAAAACCCCAUGAAGCUCUCCCAUUGAGUUAAUUUUAUUAUUGGAGGGGGCACACCUGCAGUGUGGGGCAGUGACUAUUUCCUUUGUGUGGGGAGGUUGGGACACACCAAGUGGUGCAAAGCAUGCACUCGGCUCGGUGAGAUUGCUCUCUGGCCUGAUGUGAAGGAAUCUAUUGCCUUUUUUUUUUUUUACGAGGCUUUUUAUGUUUCUUGCACUUAGCUUUUUAUAGGAGGCCACUCAGUGUUCCUUGAAGAGCUGGUUUAUGGUCAGCAAAGGCCAACAGCUGUUUGAGGAUAUUUUCAUCACUCCCUUAAAACUGAGGUAUAGCCUUGCAGGUUAGACAAUUCUUAUUUGGGGGUUCUUUUCAUCUAGUGUUUUUAUUUACUUUUUUUUUUUUGGGGAUGACAUCCAGUGAUGCUCAGGGCCUUACCUCAGGAGUUACUCCUGGCUCUGCACCCAGGAAUUCCUUGUGGUACUUGGGGGGGGCCAUAUAGGAUGCUGGGGAUUAAUCAGAUCCAGGUCAGCCAGAGGCAAAGCAAAUGCCCUAUCAGCUGUACUUUUUAAAAUUAAAAAAAAAUUGUUUUCUUUAUGGGUCACACCCAGUGAUGCUCGGGGGUUAUUCCUGGCUUUGCAAUCAGGAAUUACUCCUGGCGGUGCUUGAGGGACCAUAUGGGAUGCCAGGGAUCGAACCCGGGUCAGCCGCAUGCAAGGCAAAUGCCCUACCCGCUGUACUAUUGCUCUGGCCCCUUUAGUAUUUUAAAUAUAUCAUUCUAGUCUUUUUUUGUUGUUUUAGGGCCACAUCUGGUGGUGCUCAGAGAUCACUCCUGGUGGGCUUGGGAGACCAUAUAGGGUACUGGGGAUCAAACCUAGGUUAGCUGCUUGCAGAGCAGAUGCCUUACCACUGUACUACCUCUUGGCCCUUCAUUCUCUUCCUGCUUACAGACUUUUGGGAAAUUUGACUCCCUUUGGCUACAUCCAGUGGUGCUCAGAAGUAACUCCUGGUGGUACUUAGCGGACCUUAUAUGGUGCUGGGGAUCAAACCUGGGUCGGCCACACACAAAGCAAGUGCCCUGCUCACUGUCCUAUCACUCCAGCCCAGUUCUAUCGUUUUUGGGCCACACAGCAGUGCUCAGAGCUUACUCCUGGCUCUGUGCUCUGGGAUCACUCCUGGUGGGGUUUGGGGGACUAUAUGGAGUGCUGGGGAUUGAACAUGGGUCAGCUGUGUGUCUUAUCUGCCGUACUAGCUCCCUGCCCCUCCCCCCAAAGGGUUUUGGGUUUGGGGCCUUAUCCACAGGUGCUUGGUGUGGGGGACUGUGUGGUGCUGGGGAUCAAACCUGGGCUCCUACAGGCCAAGCAUGAGUACCAGCCCUAUAAGGAA